AUGGCUGAGAACUUAAAAUGGAUUGAGUUGACGGACACGCCGGUCUGCUGCCGGCUGCACCCCGGUCAGACUCAGGUUGGCAGAAUCUCCCGGGGCUGCCGGGUGUGCACGGCUUGCCGUUUUGAAGCUAGAGUUCACAGAACAAUACAAAGACUCGGACAAAAAGCCAAACCACAGAACCCCAUGCCUUACCACAAUGCGCUGAUGGGUGAAGUCGCGGAAGAAAGGUUCCCCCUCUCCCUUCCUCCACUGGAAAGCUCUGAUGUAAGGCGCUCGCUAGGUGGGAGAGCGUUUCUCCAUCGCCUCGGGUCGGCGAGAUCCCGAGAAGCCCCCCCCCCUCCGCGGGACCUCCGCCGGCGGGGGCCGCUGCCUGGAGGUCCGCUGCGGGCGCGGGGUGAGCGCCUUGAACCCUUUAAGGUGUCUCCGCGCUCGCAGGAGCCGGCGCGGGUCCCGAAGCGGGUGGGGAAGUCCUGCCGCCCUCCCCCGCCUCCAGCUUGCAAGCGUCCGGGGGGCCCAGCCGUCCUCCGCCCGCCGCGCACGGGCGGGCCAUGCGGCUGUGAACCAUGUCCUCCUCCUAUGCCAAGAACGGGAGCGCCGACCGGCCGCACUCCCCAACCUCGCAGGUGGCCCGAGGCACCACGACCCGGAGGAGCAGGUUGAAAAGAUCCGAUGGCAGCACCACUUCGACCAGCUUCAUCCUCAG